UUUCAGCAAUUCUCAGUCAGAAAAACACAGACGUGCAGUACUCUCAUAAAGGAUAAAAUAUGGGAAUCUCAUCUUCUAAAGACUUCCAAGUUAUUGUUAAAACAGGAGAUGUGAAAGGAGCUGGCACCGACAGCAAUAUAUAUUGUGCAUUGAUCGACAGUGAUGGAAACAGAACAAGUGAUGUAAAGUUAGAUUGUUUUUGGAAGGAUGAUUUUGAGAAAGGGAAUGUGGAUACUUUCACAGUCCAAAGUGAACAGAAAAUAGGCUCACUCGCUAAAAUUGAAUUAUGGCGUGACAAAAGCGGCUUGAAGGAUGAUUGGUUUUUGGAAUAUAUAAAAGUGAUACAAUACACCAAAACAAAUUCAUCUCUAAAAGAUCUUUUCUCAACCAAGGAAGAAAUUCCAUUUCCUAUAAAUCGAUGGAUCAAAGCAGAUCAAAAAUACACUUUUGAAAUCUACGAUUGUUCCUUGCCGCAAGAUGAUAAAAACACAGAACAAAGAAAACAAGAGAUUGAAGAUAUUAAGUCAAGAUACCUCUGGGAAGAGAAGGACACUGGGCUACCAAGAAGGAUCAAAGAAUUACCUAUAGAAGAGCAAUUCAGCAAUGACUACAAGUGGGACAUUGUCAAACGUAAAGCUGAACUGAUCUUGCAGCAAAAGUGGAAUUCUUUGAUAACAACUAAUAACUUUGACAGUUUCGAUGAUUAUGAGUCACUCUUUAAAGGAACGUUUGGUAUUCCAUACGGUUUUUCCGAUUGGAAAUCAGACAAACGGUUUGGCCAGCAACGCUUGAGAGGAUGUAACCCUACCUUGAUCAGACUGUGCACAGAAUUGCCAGACAACUUUCCUGUGACGAAUGAGAUGGUUGAAUCAUUUUUGGAUGGUAAAAAACUUGAUGAAGCAAUCAAAGCCAAAGAAGUCUUUAUUGUCAACUUAAAAGAAUUGGAUGGAAUCUCUGUUCCUGAAGGCCGCACAUUGACCAAACCAAUAGCUUUAUUCCAUGCUAAGAAAAACGGAGACCUUCUUCCCAUUGCUAUUCAGCUAUUUCAAACACCAUCUGAGGAUAACCCUAUAUUUUUGCCGAGUGACCCCGUACACAAAUGGAUGCUUGCAAAGAUGUAUUACAAUAAUGCUGAUGUUGUUAUUCACCAAGCAUGUACUCAUUUAGGGUUCACUCAUUUGGUCUGUGAGUCCAUGUGUAUUUGUAUGCACAGGACAUUGUCACCAUCACAUCCUGUAUAUAGGCUACUAGCUCCUCAUUUCUUAUUCUUACUUGCAAUAAACAUGCGUGGCGUCACAAAGUUGAUGGCCAAGGGAGCAUGGAUUGAUGUUACAAUGACGCCAGGGAUUGACGGAACCUUCGAAAUUAUGUCGCAGCGUUGGAAGAAAUGGAGGUUGGACAUAAACGGGUGGCUACCCGGAGAUCUUGCGGAAAGAGGGGUGGACGACACAACAAAUUUACCAAAGUAUUUCUAUCGUGACGAUGCCUUGCUUAUCCACCACGCUAUUGUGGAUUACGUGACCGAGAUUCUUGACAUUGUUUACGAAAACAAUGAGACACUUGCUGGUGAUAAUGAAAUUCAAGAUUUCGCAAAAAUGCUUGUCGAUAAGAAAGAUGGCGCUGGAAUGCAAGGUGUGUUUGGUAAUGGCGAAUUCAAAGAGAAAUCUGAUUUGAUUAAAGUAGUGUCAGCAGUCAUAUUUAUGUCAAGUGUACAACACGCAGCAGCUAACUUUUGUCAAUACGAUGAAUACGCAUUUUCGCCGUUCUACCCUGCUUUUAUGAGAGGAGAAGUACCGAAGAACAAAGAUGAAAUCACAGAAGAGGAUAUCGUAAAACAUUUACCAGAAAAAUCAAUGGCAUUGGAUAUCAUGGUGGUGACUAACCUUCUCAGUGAACGUGGCACCAACAACCUUGGUGAAUUUGAAAUACAGUACCAAUAUGAACCAAAGAAGUUACAAGCUGUUAAAAGAUUCCAAACUGCAUUAAAAGAAAUCAGUGCUACGAUCAAAGCUCGAAACAAGGAAAGAGAACAUCCUUAUCCGUACCUAGAUCCAGAGGUUAUACCAAAUGCAAUUAGUAUAUAAAUUUAAAUGUAAAGUUAGUUAAUAAAUGAGUUCUUUUUGGUUCUUAGUUACGCAAGGCGUCUCUUUUAAAAUCUUCCUUUUCAAUUAACACCAUGGAAGUCUCGAAUGGAUUUGGUUUUUUACUUAAUGUAUUUUGCUUGUAACAUUGUGAAUUAAAUAUAUCUUCAUCCAACA